UCUGAAUAUUGUCUCAGAGAUGGGGGCCAGUGACAGUUGCCUGGAAACUUCAAUCUGUCCACCCGCGUUUAUUCCAGAUCACAGUUAUGAGAUAAAGUUUAAUAAAAAUCGUUUCCUCUGCCGCCGACGAAAUGAAAUCCAACCCUUUCUGAACAAGUGAACACAAUGAGACAGGACUGCGGAGGAAACCUCAUGUUCAGCAUGUAUCUCUCAGAUCCAACAGAAACUCUGUUGAAAGAAAGCAAAGGGACAUCAUGGGGUCCUAUAAACACAGGAGUACAAAAAGGCAGCGGGCAGAUCCAGCUGUGGCAGUUCCUGCUGGAGCUGCUCUCCGACAGCAGCAACAUGUCGUGCAUCGCCUGGGAGGGAACCAACGGCGAGUUCAAGCUCAUCGACCCGGACGAGGUGGCGCGGCGCUGGGGCGAGCGCAAGAGCAAACCCAAUAUGAACUACGACAAGCUGAGCCGUGCGCUGCGCUACUACUACGACAAGAACAUCAUGACCAAGGUGCACGGCAAGCGGUACGCGUACAAGUUCGACUUCCACGGCCUGGCGCAGGUGUGCCAGCCCUCCACCACGGAGCAGGCCAUCUACAAGUUCCAGGGCAACUUCUCCCCGAUCCCCUUCCCCGGGAUCUCCAAACUGAACCUCAUGGCUCCCGGCGUGGGGCCGUCGGGCUUCUCCUACUGGCCCGGCUCCCCGACCACGGCCCUGUACCACAGCCACAACCUGCAGGCCCCGGGGCCCUUCGGCACCGUGUCCCCGUCCCACAUCAGCUGCGUCAACAACAUCAACAGCCUGAGUAACAUCAACAACCACUACAACUGACGUUUACUGCGCCUUCUGGACUCACUGGAAGGAUACCGACGGCAGGUGUGACGCGCAGCAGCCAACGAGAG